UUCAAAGUAUAAACCACAUCAAGCAUGGAGUACUACACAUUCUCUCAAGGAUUUACCGAAAACGACGAAAAACGUGCACCCGGAAAGCAUCACGUGAAGAACACUUGGGUCAAAGAACGUUACGAGAGCGAUGAAGAAGAUGGUUCGAGAGAUGAAGAGGUGAACAAAAUGAUCCUAAAACAUGAUGAUGUAGAAACUAAAGAUAUGGUAACAUCAUCGAGUGGUGAGAGGAUGAUGUUGACAAGUAAAGUGAGGUAUCUCACCUAUGGAGCUCUCAAACAUGAUACGCCGCCAGCUGGUGGUGGUGGAGGAAGAGUCAUGCCUCCUCCGUCGAACAGGUACCACGUUGGCCAUCCCAAGUACUACAGAUGCAGGGGUUGAAGAGAGAACUCUCCGGAGAUAUAAUAAUUUGAAAUCAAUAAAUAUGAAUGAUAUAAGUAAUAAAUUUGGUAAGUAUGUAUACUUCCAUUACAUGGAACAUUUGUUGCUUAUUUCACUAUGUGCUUAGAAGUUGUAACUCCUCUUGCGAAAUAUUGAUAUCUAAGAGAGAAAAAUAUAUGUGGAUGAUCAUCGAGUUAUUUUAGUAA